AUACAGAGCAACACUUCACUGUCAUGGACUGACAUAGUGUCACUAUAGCAACGGAUGUAAACAGUUGAUCAGAUGAGAGGAAGUUAAUAACCACAGGAGGAGCUGAUGAUGAUUAAAGGAGGAGCUGUAACUAUAUAUAAUGAAGAGGAAGAGCUGUCACUAUAUCUAAUGAAGAGGAAGACGGACAGAAGCAGAAAUGUCUGAUCAGUGUGAUCUGUGUCUGCUGGGACUGAUCAUUCUCUCUUCACUUCUCACAGGAACCAGUGGAGCGGAUCGUGUGUUCAUCAGUUCUGGUGUAGAUGUCUCUCUGUCCUGUAAUAAAGAUCUUUCUGACUGCAAAUCAACAUCAUGGACCUACUAUAACAGAUUCAGACAUACAUGGGUUGAACUGAUUACUGGAGGGAUAAAGAAUAAAGACACAGAGAGACAUGAGAGACUGAGUCUGGAGUCUGACUGCUCUCUGAACAUCAAGAACGUCACAGGAGAAGAUUAUGGAGUAUACACCUGCAGACAAUAUGUGAACGGAGAACUACAAGGAACUGAUGCUGAUGUUUAUCUGCAUGUUCUUCAUGUUUCAGUGUCUUCAUCAUCAUCAUCAUCAUCUUCAUCCUCACAGACUGAGAUCAGUCCAGGCCGCUCUGUGACUCUCUCCUGUCAGUUGUAUUCUAGAGAGUCCUGUGAUUAUUGGGUCAGUUCUGAGGGAUUUGAGCUGUUGUGGGUGAAUCAGGCUGGUGUUGAUCUGAAGACAGACUCCAGAUAUCAGAUAUCAUCAUCAUCAUCGUCAUCAUCAUCAUCAUCAUCAUCUCCACAUCGCUGUAUCAUCACUCUGACUACAACACUCCUGGAUGAAGAUGACAACAGAGAGUGGAGAUGUCAGCUUACUCUGGGAAAUCAAGUCCAGACGUCAGUCAGAUACACUGUCAAGUAUUCAGCUCAAGCUGAUUCAACGACAGCAGUGAAUCCAGUCCACAUCACACACUCUCAGGAUCCCUCAACUAUAAACACACACGUUUCUAAAGAUCAAGCUGAUUCAACAACACCAGGCACAAACUCUCCUGCAAUCACAGUCAUAGGGAUUUCUGUCGCUGCAGUCGCUGUUCUCCUUCUUGCUCUUCUCUGGCUGAUCUGCAGAAAAACAGCUGAUAAUAAAGUCGGGACUGGCGACUCUGCGGUCAAAGAUGAGGAUGAACAUAAAGGGACGUAUGAGACGAUCAACAUGUCCAUUCCUCCUGAUCUAAGAGCCGAUGAGCAGACAGAUGAUGUGACUUAUUCUGAGGUCUCUUCUUUCAACACAAAGCCAGUAAAAUCACUGGAUGAUCAUGAUACCGUGACUUACGCUGCCAUCAGAGGAAGAGAAGAUAAACCGCAGGAUCAACUUUACAAGAACAAGACCUUCACAAAUACACAUUAAUGACACAGAUCAUGAGCUCAUCACAUCAGGAGCCGACGGGAAGAUUUCAUCCGGUGUUUGGAGGAAUGAGUGUGUGAACGAGCAGAUAUUUGUUGAAUGUGAAUCAUCAUCUGGUCUGUCGUCGGUCAGAGCGCAGGAUCUCCUCUAUAUCAUCACCGCUACAGUAAAGAUGGAGAUUAUCCGCUCUGAAAACCUUCAUCUUCAUCAUCCUCUUGCUUCAGCUUGUAUAUCAGCGCUUUCUUCUACAGAGAGACGUCCGUCUGAGAAGUACAUCAGUGUUUUCAUUAUAUUGCCAUAAAAUAGUUUAAGUAAUUUGCAGUGUGUAUAUGUUACGAAAUUAAAUGUCAGUUAUUGCUUUUCUCACAUGUGACAAUAAAGAGCAAGACAAAUCAUGGGUUAAAGAAAAGUGUUUGUGUCCUCCAUUCCUGUAGAAACACACACAACUAAACUU